CCAGAUUAGGGCCAUGCUAGAUCAGUUGAUGGGGACGAGUCGCAAUGGAGAGGAGGAAAAACUAUCCAUCAAAUUCGAUGACCCCCGAGUCUGUAAGAGUUUCUUGCUGGGGUGUUGUCCCCAUGAGAUUUUAGCCUCCACGGCUUUAUCGAAACAAAACAAUGUCCAUACCUCGUACUAUUUUUAAGAGAAGGAUGAGCUCGUCUCGGUUCUGGAUCAUCCCAGAGAGACAAUAAACGGCAGGGCACAGUUUAUAGAUUGUGGUCAUGAUGAGGGCUGGUCUUGAUUGCGCCUGGCUGCUAGGAUGGACCUCGGAGAUUGCGUCAAGAUGCAUAACCUCGCGUUGAAGGCGGAUUACGAAAUUGCGAGUCCGGGGAAGGAUUAUUUUUACGAUUUGGACGCGCUCGAACAACUCUCCAUCUUCGUGGCGGAAGCUGACCGUAAGACGGAGCAGGCUCGCAAGCGUCUCGCCGAAACACAGGAGGAACUAUCCACCGAAGUUUCCGGGAAGGCGGAUAAGGUUCACGAGCUGGGAGAAAAAAUUGGAGAGGCGUUGGCAAGGGCGGAACAGCUCGGAGCGGAAGGCCUCGUCGACGAGAGUAUGAAACUUAUGGAGGAAAUUGACGCUUUGCGAAAGCAAAAAUCUGAGGCGGAGUCGGACUAUCGCUCCUCCAUCCCCGCGGCGACGUAUCAACAACAAAAACUGAGGGUGUGCGAUGUUUGUUGUGCUUAUCUUGGAAUUCAUGAUAACGACAGGCGACUCGCGGACCAUUUUGGGGGGAAGUUGCACCUCGGAUUUAUCAAGAUACGGGAAACGUUGAAAGAAUUCCAGGAAAUUGCGGAAGAGCGUCGUAGAAAACGGAGGGAUCACAUGCGUCUCGCCCGACUUGACGAGGAGGAGAAAACGCGUCGUCGCGAGAGAGAAUUGCGAGAUAAAGAACGAUCUGAGAGGAAAAGAUCUAACUCUCCGUCAAGGGACAAGUCGGCCGGACGUGACGACCGCGACCGGCGUCGAGGAAGUGACCAUGACAGGAAGAAGAGAAGCCGUCGUUCCAAAUCGAGAUCGAGAAGCCCACGAGACCGCGAUCAUAAGCGAAGCCAUAAAGAUAAAAAAAGGUCACGCUCCAAGGAACGAAGGGAUAGGUCCAGAUCCAAGGAGAGAAGAUCGAAACAUUCCGAUUAAAUUGGUCUUGCCGUAUUUAGUUGUCAGUUAUUAUAAUUAUAAUUCUUCGUAAAGUUUAAACAUGUUAACUUUAGUAACUUUAUAAUUUACGAUCUAAAGAAAGCGUAAGUAUGUAUGUACAUAAGUUAUGCAAAUGCAGAGUGAAAGUGACAUACAUAUUAUUAGGAACUCUCUGUUCAUCUGAUUGUUUUGUGUUUUACGCACUUUUUUUCUACUUGAGUAAUAAAAUCGAUUUUGUUUCCGAAA